AUAUAAGAGUUGUCAAUUUGGAAUAAACUUUAAAACAACAGCUCUCCUUGAUUAGUAUAGUCUAGUUCGUUACCGCGCUUGGGUAACUAAGAUUUUCGUCUUCCGUAGUAAACAAAAUAGUCCAAAAUGAAUGUGCGCUUAACCACAAUGGUAUUAGCCUAUGCCUUGGCCACAAUAUUCGUACUAUCACAAGGCUUGCCAGUAUUGGACGAAUCGGGAUUUGAUAAUGCCACCAUUGAGGAACUAAAGAAUAGUGUGAACGAUACAAAGAAAAAUUUAUAUGUUGUUAAGGCUGUUGUAUAUGAAAUUGGUAUACUAACUGAAGCAGAUGAAAAUGAUACCAGUUUUGAAAGUCAAGAACGCGUCGAUUUAACAUUCUACGAUGCUCACACUAACAAGAGUCACAUCGAUUUAGGCAAUAUUCCUUUACCCAUACAGACAAAUGUAUCUGGCCAAGUGCUCACUGGCAUUGCUCCAGUAAAUAUCGGUGCGUUCAGCAGUCCAGCUGAACUGUUGGAAACACUUCCAUUGACUGGCACCAUUGUCAAUAUCACACACAGCAACACAGCAUUCUAUCAACUAACUAAAUCGAAUAAAAGUUCUGGCGAAAAACCGCACGUUGUAGGAAAUGAUGAGCUAGUGAAUUUACCUAAUAUAGCAAACCUGCUUGAAGCAGUUAGCACCAGGCAGCCUCCGCCACUUAGCACCAAAUCGGUAUUAUCUAAUUCACUCGAAAGUAUCGAUGAUUAACAACUUUUUUUAAUUUAUUAUUUGUAACCAUCGUCAUUAAAGUUUAGUAAAAGACUGUAGACUUAAUAUUUUUUUACACAUUUAAAUGUUUUUAUCUGUUAAGUGCACACUUUUUGGACUGUACAUAUGUAAAUA